AUGAACUACGGAUCUGAUGCCGCUAAGUGUGCGUUCUCAACGUCACCUACACUUACAACGUCAUCUGAUAGUGAAAUAUCUGAACGUGACGCACUAAUCGACUCAGAUGCACUUCAUUUGAACCAUAAAACGUCACACAAACGUCGUCACUCAUCAUUCGAUUGGCUACUUGGUAUCACGUUUCUCGUCUUUGUUGCGCUCAUUUGGACGUUUGCUAGUGUACUCGUGCAAUAUAUUUUCCAUACUUUGAGCUUUCAAGGACCAUUCUUUCUCACGUACGUAGGUAUAUCGCUUUUCUCUGUGAAUUUACCACUCUGGUACGGGUCGCAGGUACUGAUUCCACGAGUAAAAGCCUGGUUUCGACGUGAUCAUUUGAGUCACAAUAUGACGUUGCAGAACACGAAAGCACAAGUUAAUUACAUGCAGAUUUUUCGUAUUAGCGCCAUCAUCUCACCUCUUUGGUUCAUUGCUAAUUUUACUUACAAUGAAAGUCUCAAUCUCACAAGUGUGUCGAGUAGUACUAUUGUAAGCUCCACUUCUACAAUCUUUACGUUUCUAUUGAGUGUCGUAGCUCUUCAAGAACCUUUUGUUUGGAUGAAAUUAGCUGGUGUAUUGCUUUGCAUGGCUGGCAAUAUUUCUACAAUAUUCAAUGAUGUUGGUGCUCAAAGUGGUUCCGAUCAUGUCUUAGGAGAUCUUGUCGCACUCUUUGCUGCUUUUAUGUAUGGCGUCUAUACGACAGCAAUUCGACGUUUGAUUCCAGAUGACGAGAGUGUGAGUAUCUCACUAUUUUUUGGAUUUAUUGGAAUUUUAAACAUGGUGUGUCUACUGCCAAUUGUACUAUUACUUCACUGUUCGGACAUUGAAUCUCUUAGCGGAUUGUCAAUUGAGAUUCUCAUUCUAAUUGGAAUCAAAGGGCUAUUUGAUAAUGUGCUUUCCGAUUAUCUAUGGGCCCGUGCUGUGCUAUUAACAUCACCUACAGUUGCUACAGUUGGACUAUCUUUGACAGUCCCAUUGGCUAUUGUGGCUGAUUUUUGGUUUCAUAACAUGUUGCCUACAACCCUCACGAGUAUCAUGUUGUGCGCUCCACGGACCGCUCGGACAUUAAUUUCGGAACUUGCCCACGCAGCAACAGCAAUACGUUUGCGUACUCUAGCCCCAAGAAUUGUUAAACAAAUCAAGUUCACGAUGAUGGCUUCCAGCUAUAAUAAAAACUUAGCGGUAGAAUUUGACUCCCAAAUCUUUUAG